AUGUCGGUAAGGUUGAUGAACGUGAGGGUGUAUCUUUGGGCCCAAGGGUCCAAGAGCGUAUGUGAUGCAACAGAAGUUUCGACUGCUCACCUGUCCUCUUCCGAGGACCCCUAUAAUGCCAAACCCUACUUCUUAAGGGAUCCUGCCCGAUCACGGCACAGUCCGCUGAUGGAGGGUGCCAGUUACGACCAAGUGCCUACUUCUACGUAUGGUGUCUGUUGUAGUGUAAGUGCCCGCAAAUGGGUAGUAACUCCAAAUGCUAUGCCGAGCUCGUAG